AUGCAGAGUUCCAGUGCCUGGUCAUCUCCAGACUCUCUGCUGACGUCCUCGUCUCUGCCCACAAGCCUUCCUUUUGCUUCCACUCAGAGCGUGCCUCUGCCCUUCCCCAUGUCUCAUGGGACCACCACCUUGGCUUUCGUCUUCCAGGGCGGUGUGCUGGCCGCAGCAGACACUCGGUCCAGUUGCUCCGGUCUGGUGGCGUGCCCCGCCGCUCAGAAGAUCCUGCCCAUCCACAGUCAUCUGGUGGGCACCACAUCGGGAACGUCGGCCGACUGUGCCCUGUGGAAACGGAUUCUGGCUCGAGAACUGCGACUUUACCAGCUCCGCCACGGCCGGCGUUUGUCCACAGGUGGAGCGGCCAAAUUGCUCUCACACAUGCUUCACCCUUUUAAAGGAACGGAGCUGUGUGUGGCUGCCACACUGUGUGGGUGGGAUGGCGGAGAAUUGGAAGAUGGGUGUCAUGGAGGUACAGAGACUGAUCAAAGCGAUAGCAAAGAAACAACAAAGAGCCAAAAGACUGACCUGGAAAUGACCGGAGAUGCCUCCAGUGAAAAGGUCUCUCUGUCGAAGACAAAGACUUUGAGCUCUUUAUUCACUUUGAAGCGCUCUGUCAGGAAGAGUUUCUCAGGGCCCAGUCUGUUUUAUGUAUGCAGUGACGGUUCUCGCUUCCAGGGAAGACUGUUCUCUGUCGGUUCAGGAUCCCCUUAUGCUUACUCCAUUUUGGACCAAGGGGUUCAGUGGGGAUUGACAGUGGGUGAGGCCACAGCGAUAGCUAGAGAAGCCGUCUACCGAGCCACAUACAGGGAUGCAUACUCAGGAAACUGUGUAGACAUCUAUCAUGUCACCUCAAAGGGAUGGACUCGAAGGACCAGGGAAGACUUGAAAGAGGAAUUUUAUAGAGAAAAGGAAAAGCGAACGCAUGAAGGCAAGACACGAUGUGACGUUGUCAGAGUAAACACAUGA